AUGCCAUUGCCCCCCUUUUUGUGUGUCUUUGUGGCCUUCCACUACGUGCUUUCCAGUCCAGGUGCUCACAUCAUAAGCUCUCGGGGUGGAGUUUGUGGUAAUAUCCUAGCCGUCUGUCAUUGCCGCCUUUUCCUACUACCAUCUUCAUGUUGCUUCAGGCAGCUUCAUUAUCUCUAUAUACUUUUCCCCCCGUCGUGGCUCGUCUCUCGCUUUUCCUUUGCUGCUGCAGCAAUCAUGGCCAACAACUUUUUUGACUCGGGCUUUGACGAGUUCCUUGGAGAGCUUGCGAAUUUUACACUUCCCUUCCCAGGUCUGCCUUUACCAGCACCCUCUGCUGCGAGCAACCGCCGGCAGCACACAUCUCAGCCAGCCCUAGGACGCCCGGCAUCCGUCUCCUUCGAGCUCCCCAGACUCCCUGCCUUCGGAGCCGUGUGGCCGGUGCCAUCAGCACCCCCGCCGGCCCUUCCUCCCCUUCCCGCCCUCCCCGGGGCCUCGUCGUGGUCUGCAGCGCAGCAGUGGCAACCACCACGACAGCCUGCACAAGCCGGAGCUCGUCCUGGCGCCGCUGCAUCAUUUAUUUCCAGACCCACUUUUUCACUUUUACACGGCGCCCCCCACCCUCCGACGCCGAUGCCGUCAACGGCUCCGGUUACCACUUCUCUCCCUGGGCCCUUCUUUCAUCAACCAUCAACAACAAUCGGCUCAACCUCACCCUCAGCCUCAGCCCAAUCCGGUCCUGCGAAUCUGCCACAGCCACGGCGCGCCACUGUCAACAACCCCUCCCAAUUCCUCCCUUCUUCAUCUCGUCCCGCUAAUCCACUCCACAAUACCGUGAAUACCCCGAGAACAAUCACCCCAACCCCACCUGUGCACCAGCGCGAACCAAACAGCGACGACUUCUAUCUGAACCAACUCACCCCCGAUUUUUCCACCCCUUCUCUCGAAUCAGACAGCGACCGCUUUUACCUCGACCAACUCUCUCGUGAUUUUUCCAGCCCAUCGCUCCCUUCCACCUCUGCUACUCUACAAAGGUCGGCCACGAGGAGCAAUAAUCCCGGCACCAACAACGCAUUCAGCCAGACACUCCACAGGAUUCUUCCCCCUCCAGCGCCACCCGCUGGCCUGAGAGCUCCCCCGCCACCUUCGACAAGAUCCACGCCAACCUCGAACACCAACGAAGAAUCCAGCGACUCCGACUCGGCCUACACCAUGCCAGCGUCAUCGCGACCAGUGCGUCGUCGCUCUGGGCAAGCUGACCGCCUCACGCUCCCUCAUGUCCCUCGCGUCUCGGGUGCCUCAUCCUCUUCCGGCGCCGCUACCGCCAAUCAGUCACAAGCAAAUUCAUCAAAGUCACAGCUGAGCCAUGCUCGGACAGCACCGCAAACAACGCCGAGGAGAGCGAGCAAUGGCUCGAUAUCUGCGGCAGGGUCCGGCACAAAGCGCAAACGCGAGGCGUUUGAGAGCGAUGACGAUGAUCUGUUUGGAGACAACGACCUAGAGGUUGUUGACUUGGUGGACAAGGACGUGGCUGACCUGACGUCGGAAGAGAAGGAGAAGGAGGAGGACAGGAAGAAGAAUUGGGUCAAGCUGUCGCAGUUUCAGUGUGUCAUUUGCAUGGAUGAUGUCACGGAUUUGACGGUCACCUAUUGCGGUCAUCUCUUUUGCAGCGAGUGCCUACAUUCAGCCCUGCAAAUAACACCCCACAAGCGGAUCUGCCCGAUUUGCAGGCAGAAAAUCGAGAACAAGAAUGCGAGCGGGAAGUUUGGGCCUAAGAGCAAGGGGUAUUAUCCUCUGGAGAUUAAGUUGAUGACGAAGAAGAGUUUGGGGAAGAAGGUGGCGGUGGCUGCUGCUGCUGGUAGAAAUACCGGCGAGCACUGA